UCAAAACAUCUAGUACUACUACUUUCAAACACGGUCUGUAAAGGUUCUGUUCUUACACAACUUCUGGUGCAUCCGUGGAUCAAAGAAAAAGUCUCGUCCGGAGUUGAGAUUCCCUUACGCCGGCGAAGAUCAGAUCGGAGGAAAAGAAGAGAGCUCGAUGACGAGCAGAUUGAAGAGCUACAAGAGGAAGAGGCUAGGGUUAGCCACAGUCAUCGCCUUCUGCUCUCUCUGUUUCCUCAUCGGCUUCUACUCUUCUGCUCUGCUUUCUCAGAAUGUGCCUGGAGUUAGACCCAGGUUGAGAAUGCUGGAGAUGGUGAAAAACGGUGAAGUAGAAGAAGAAGAAGAAGCUUCCUCGAUGCCUCAUGGUGUUACUGGAGAUGAAUCCGUUGGAUCGAUUCCGUUUCAGGUACUGAGUUGGAAGCCGAGGGCUUUGUAUUUUCCGAAUUUCGCAACUGCAGAACAAUGCCAAGCUAUUAUUGAGAGAGCAAAGGUUAAUCUGAAACCUUCUGCUUUGGCUCUCCGGCAAGGAGAAACUGCUGAGAGCACUCAGGGCACUAGAACUAGCUCAGGAACUUUUGUUAGUGCUUCAGAAGAGAGUACUGGUGCUCUGGAAUUUGUUGAAAAGAAAAUCGCAAGAGCUACGAUGAUCCCAAGGACCCAUGGAGAGGCAUUCAAUAUUUUAAGGUAUGAACUUGGCCAAAAGUAUGAUUCCCACUAUGAUGUUUUCAACCCAGCAGAAUAUGGACCACAAACAAGCCAAAGGAUUGCUUCCUUCCUAUUGUACUUAUCUGAUGUAGAAGAAGGCGGUGAAACCAUGUUCCCUUUUGAGAACGGUGCUAAUAUGGGCGAUGGAUAUGAUUACAAGCAAUGUAUGGGGCUAAAAGUAAAACCUCGGAAAGGAGAUGGUCUUCUUUUUUAUUCAGUGUUUCCUAAUGGAACAAUUGAUCAGACUUCGCUUCACGGGAGUUGCCCGGUGACCAAAGGAGAGAAGUGGGUAGCGACCAAAUGGAUCAGAGACCAAAAGCAAGAAUAAAAGGAUUUCAUCUUUUAUGUAUACAUCUCAGAGCUUCUAUCUUUUGCCUGAAAAAAUUCUUGAUCUGUUAUGUAUAGUUCUUCAACAAGACAGUGUAACUAUUGGGGUUAUUUAUAUACAAUGUGACGCAGUCCUAAAUCAUUAUGUUAUCAA